ACAAUGUAUGUCAUAAAUUUAUCACGACGUCCAUAAAAAGCUCACCUAAAAAUGUUAAAGUAACAAUUUAAAUCAACAAUUAUCUCACAAAUAAGAAGAAAAACAAAAAAAAAUGCUUACGUUAAGUCGACUGAAGAAGUAUGCAAAUUUUUUACUAUACACGACGAGUUCUCCUUUCUAGAAGGGGUACGAUUUCAACACAAAUUUCAUAAAGUGACGCAUUGUCUUUUUGAUAUGGAUGGUACUGUUUUAAAUUCAGAAAUAAUGUACCAUAAAAUGAUCAAACAGAUAUGCGAUAAAUAUAACAGAAAAUACCCAAAGGAUUUACAAAUAAAGUUAUAUGGAGAGACGGAUAAAGCAAUUUGCACCACAGUGGUGAGAGAACUAAAGUUACCGGUCUCUCCUGAUGAAUUUGAACGCCAAAUGAAUGAGUUGGCUCAAAAAGUUUUGCCAGGUGCACCGUUACUAAAAGGCGCUGAAAGAUUGCUAACCCAUCUACACGACCAUAAGAUUCCGAUGGCGCUAGCUACGAAUGCUACGGAGCAAGCUGUAAGGUUGCAAGCAACAGCUCGACCUAAACUAUUCGGCUUGUUCCAGCAUAAGGUAAGCGUCACAGACCCAGAAGUGUACCGGGGUAAGCCACAACCGGACAUAUAUUUGGUGGCCGCUUCACGAUUCCCAGAUAAGCCGAAACCCAAGGAGUGUCUUGUUUUUGAAGACUCGGCUAUUGGGGUACUAGCGGCGAAAGAAGCAGGAAUGCAGGUUGUAAUGAUCCCGGAUUCGCGUCUCGACCGCGAUCAAACUCGUCAGGCAACACUAGUGAUCAAAACGCUUUUGGACUUCAAACCAGAACUGUUCGGCUUGCCACCGUUUCAAGAUGGCCCGAGACCAAUGGAUCGUGUUGAAAAAUUAAAAGAAAUAUAA